UCUCGGUAACCAAGACACACUCACUUCACUUCACUUCACUCUCACUGCCAAUCGUCUAUCAUGGCUACUUUUCUCUUGAGUUGCCUCCUCCUCCUCUUCAUUCUCCCUGGUUCCAUUCUCAGAACUCUAUCCCUCGCCACCGAUCAAACCCUCAAAACCUUCAUCUUCCGUAUUGAUUCUCAAUCCAAACCUUCCAUUUUCCCCACUCAUUACCACUGGUACACCUCCGAGUUCGCCACUCCGCUUCAAAUACUCCACACAUACGACACUGUUUUCCAUGGCUUCUCCGCAAUUCUCUCUCCACAACAAGUCGCCUCUCUCAGCGACCACCCCGCCGUACUUGCUGUCUUUGAAGACAAGCGCCGCCAACUCCACACCACGCGCUCACCUCAGUUCCUCGGACUCCGUAACCAACGCGGACUCUGGUCCGACUCCAACUACGGAUCCGACGUCAUCAUUGGCGUCUUCGACACCGGUAUUUGGCCAGAACGACGUAGUUUUUCUGAUUUGAACAUUGGGCCCGUUCCUUCGAAAUGGAAAGGCGUGUGCCAAACCGGAGUCAAAUUUAGUCAAAGUAACUGUAAUAAAAAAAUUAUCGGCGCCAGAUUCUUCGCCAAGGGCCACGAAGCUGCUGCGAGAUCGCCUGGUCCUAUAAGCGGAUCGUUCAAUGACACGGUUGAGUUCAUGUCUCCGCGUGACGCUGAUGGCCAUGGCACCCAUACCGCCUCAACUGCUGCCGGCCGUUAUUCUUUCCGUGCCAGCAUGGCGGGCUACGCUUCAGGAAUCGCUAAAGGCGUGGCGCCGAAAUCCAGACUGGCGGUUUACAAGGUUUGCUGGAAGAAUUCCGGAUGUUUCGAUUCCGAUAUCCUCGCCGCCUUUGACGCUGCUGUCAACGACGGAGUUGACGUUAUAUCAAUUUCAAUCGGAGGCGGUGACGGAAUUUCGUCGCCUUAUUAUCUCGAUCCAAUUGCCAUUGGUUCGUACGGCGCCGUUACUAGAGGUGUGUUCGUUUCGUCAUCGGCUGGUAACGACGGUCCUAAUGGAAUGUCAGUGACUAAUCUUGCCCCAUGGCUCGCCACAGUCGGAGCCGGCACGAUUGAUCGUAACUUCCCGGCGGAAGUGAUUCUCGGUGACGGUCGGAGAAUCUCUGGAGUUUCACUGUACGCUGGUGCACCGUUAAGUGGUAAAAUGUAUCCGUUGGUUUAUCCUGGUAAAUCAGGGGUUUUAUCAGCUUCUCUGUGCAUGGAAAAUUCGUUGGAUCCUAGUUUGGUGAAUGGCAAAAUCGUAAUUUGCGAUAGAGGAAGCAGUCCGAGAGUGGCUAAAGGUUUAGUUGUGAAGAAAGCCGGAGGUGUGGGCAUGAUUUUGGCUAAUGGAAUAUCAAAUGGUGAAGGUCUUGUCGGCGAUGCCCAUCUUUUACCAGCUUGUGCUCUUGGUUCAACUGAAGGUGACGCCGUUAAAGCCUAUCUUUCAUCCGGUGCCAAUCCGACGGCCACCCUUGAUUUCAAGGGUACGAUCCUUGGCAUUAAACCGGCACCGGUGGUGGCUUCUUUUUCAGGCAGGGGACCCAAUGGGUUAAACCCUGAGAUUCUAAAGCCAGAUUUGAUUGCUCCUGGGGUUAACAUUCUUGCCGCUUGGACUGAUGCUGUUGGUCCAACCGGAUUGGAUUCUGAUCCGAGGAAAACGGAAUUUAAUAUCUUGUCAGGAACUUCAAUGGCAUGUCCACAUGUAAGCGGCGCCGCGGCCUUGCUUAAAUCCGCACAUCCGGAUUGGAGUCCGGCUAUGAUCAGGUCGGCGAUGAUGACUACUGCUAGUAUAAUUGAUAAUAGGCUUCAACCCAUGACUGAUGAGUCGACCGGGAAAGCUUCCACACCGUAUGAUUUUGGUGCUGGUCAUGUUACUCUUGAUCGAGCAAUGGAUCCAGGAUUGGUUUAUGAUAUAACAAACGAUGAUUAUGUAAAGUUUUUGUGUGGAAUUGGUUACGGUCCAAAGAUAAUUCAGGUGAUCACAAGAUCACCGGUUCAAUGUCCAGUGAGAAAGCCAUUGCCUGAAAAUCUUAACUACCCUUCAAUUGCCGCAUUGUUCUCAACGUCUCUAAAAGGAGUUUCAAGCAAGAGGUUUAUCAGGACAGUGACGAAUGUGGGUCAGAUGAAUGCUGUUUACAGAGUGAAAAUUGAGAAUCCAGGAAAGGGGGUUACCGUGAGCGUCAAACCGGCCUCAUUGGCGUUCACAGCUGCUGUCAAGAAGAGAAGCUUCGUGGUGACAGUAACAGCGGAUAGCAACAACUUGGUGUUGGGUGAUUCGGGUGCUAUGUUUGGCGCAAUUUCUUGGUCGGACGGGAAACAUGCAGUGAGGAGUCCAGUUGUGGUCACUCAAUUGGAACCAUUAUAAACUCGAAGCCGGAGUUGGAUCAUAUGCUCUUGAUCUAUUAAUAUGGCAAAUAUGGUAAUAGAUAUAUAGUUUUAGAAUCUGCUCCGUGUAUGAGUCAAAUCUUCUUAUGUGUGUGUGUGUGUUAUCUACUUUUGCAGGAUCAUAGGAUUAGGGAAGAGGAGGGGGCAUAAAAACUGGUUUUUGAGAGUGAAUUUUAGCUUGUAAUUUGUUCUUUUCUUUUUCCUUAUGCAAAGUAUCCCUUUUAAGUUA